AUGGGUUCUGCUUUGUCUACCGGAUCAUCCCCCUGCCAACCGGCUGCAGUGGCCCCUGCUUUCUCAAAAUCUGGCAAACACAUAUGCUGUGUAUGUAAGGAAACUAAAGCGGCUAGGGACGAAUGUAUCGCACAGAAGGGUGAAGAUCAGUGCAGGCACUUAAUUGAGUUGCACAACCAAUGCCUUCGCAACGAAGGUUUCGAUGUGAAAUGA